GUUAAAGUGUUUGCUAUGUUAGUGAAGAAGAGCGUAUAUCUAACUGACGAUCACAGAACUAUGCUAGUAAGUUGUUGCAAAGUAGCUGUAGUGUUGCUUCUUGAACGUAUUUGUUUGAGAUUUGAGUGACAUCGUUCAAUAACAAACGAAAUUCGCAAUUAUGCUGACUGAUGACACCAGGAAGUAGACGGCCUUCUCGCCGUUGAAUGUUGCUAGUUCCGGUGUAGUAGGGUCUGUUGUCACCGGGGGUUCAUGUUCAACAAGGUCCCCGCUGUUCUCCUGUCUUUUCCCCGUCGCCUGCUCUCCGUCAGCCGAGCGUGCCGCCUCCUCGGGAGGAUGGAGCCGGCUUUGGUGAGGUGUGUCCCCGGGGAGCCCAAACUGACCAUCUCCUUCAGCUUGGCGGGCAGUCAGAAACACAUGCUGCGGGACCAGGACGAGCCUUUGGGCAAGGUCCUGUCCCGGAUCGCCUGUAACUUUACAAAGGGCAAGGCCAAGAAGACUAAGAGGAAUGCGGAGCAGCAGCCGGCUGAAACCUCAGAGCUCGCCGUGGUGAAGCUCUUCUUGGACAGCAGUGAGGUAGAGCACACGGUGGUGAACUCGGAGGCGUGGAGGGACGGAGCAGUCCUGCAGGUGGGGGACGUCAAAUACUUUGUCACCAGGAACGCGCCUACAUUUACCACCGCCGAGAUGCCGAUAUCCUUGCUGGCUGGAUUCCCGGUGUGUGCAAAGCUGGAGGUGGAGUUUGGAGACCUGCAUGACUGCGAGUUCGUGUGGUUCAAAGAAAAAGUCCCAAAUAUAAGAUGUGGGAGGAAGCCCGAGGAUAUGGGGAGAACAUGCAAACUACACACACGUUGGACCAACUCACCUUACAGUGAUGCUAACCACCAGGCCUCCAUGCUGCCCCAAAAUACAAAUGAGGUUUUUCAUUUUUCUUGUUGCAGCGCUCAAGCUUCUGGCGACGCAGCCGCUGAGCACAUCGCCUGGACAGAAGUAGGCGAUACGAGAGUCUACGUCCCUUCCAAUCAGGACAUUGGUUGCAGGCUUAAACUGCGCUGCACACCCAUAGAUGGACGCCGCAGCGGGCAGCCCAUAGAGCUCGUCUCCACCGGUGCAGUGGAGGCCGGACCGGGCAUGUGCACGUUCGACACUCGACAUGCGUACACAGCCAAACAAGUGGACUGGCCAUCUGUGAGGGUGGUGUCCUACAACAUCCUGGCCGACAUCUAUGCCCAGACAGAACUGUCCAAGACGGUGCUGUAUCCCUACUGCGCCCCCUACGCCCUGCAGCUGGACUAUAGACAGAACCUGAUCAAGAAGGAGCUAGCAGGAUACCACGCUGAUGUCGUCUGUCUGCAGGAGGUUGACAAAGGGGUGUUUUUGGACAGUCUGACUCCAGCCCUCGAUGCCUUUGGCCUGGAUGGUGUUUUUAAGGUUAAAGAGAAGCAACAUGAAGGAUUGGCAACUUUUUACCGCAGGACAAAAUUUAAGCUGCUGAGUCGUCAUGACAUCACGUUGAGUGUGGCACUGACCUCUGACCCCAUUCAUGGUGAGCUGCUGGAGAAGGUUUCAGCUAACACCUCCUUGAAAGAAAGGAUUGUGAAGAGGUCCACAUCCUUACAGGUCAGUGUGCUGGAGGACCUCAGCCAAGCAGGCAGAAAGGUGUGUGUGGCCAACACGCACCUGUACUGGCACCCUCAAGGAGGGAAUGUUCGAUUGGUCCAGAUGGGCGUGGCCCUGCGGCACCUAAGUCAUGUGAUCAAUGAGGUCGCCCCUGGAGCACCGUUGAUUUUUUGCGGUGACUUCAAUUCCUCUCCAACCUCAGGUGUGCUCCAGCUAGUCACCAAGACUGUGGUUCCCCAGCAGCACGCAGACUGGAGCAGCUCGGGCCCGGAGGAGUCGUGCACCAUGGAGCUACUGUCCACCUUCCCCCCCUUGCUGAGCGCCUGCGGCCCGCUGGCUUACACCAACUAUGUGGGUGGCUUCCAAGGCUGCCUGGACUACAUCUUCAUCCAGCCGGAGAGCAUGCAGGUGGAGCAGGUGAUCCCUUUGCCCAGCCAUGAGGAGGUGACCACUUACACAGCUCUGCCAAGUGUGGCGCACCCGUCUGACCACAUUGCGCUCGUCUGUGACCUGCACUGGAAACCCUGUGACCUGCUGGUCAAACACACCACAGGAAUGGACAUAAGAGAAGCAUAAAGUCAUGUGAAACACAUGAGCAACUAAAUUAUCUCUCAUUUAAAGAACUUUAAUGACUGAAGUUUUUAUUUAAAUUCCUGUUAAUCACUGAUAUUCAUUGCUUGCUUGUUACUGGGAAUCAGUUUGCAUGACAAACACCAGAUUAGACAGUAACCAGUCAUUAACAUAUUUGUUAUGAAAUUAACCAAGCAUUAGUCCUUGGUCCCGAAUUUAAAAAAAAUAUUUUUAAAUAAAGUACCACAUUUAACUCUGCACAA